CGCGGUCCUUCUUCGGCGGGUUUCAUGCUCGCCGGGCGUUCAGUCUGGCAGGCGGCGGCCGCGGAACCAUGACGCGCCUUUUUCUCUUCUUGCUGCUGAAUUGGGAGGCCGGAUUCUCCUCCUCCUCCUGCCCUCUUGAGAGCUUCCAGUGCCAAGAAGGGGGCCAGGUGCUGCUGUGCCUAGACCAAGAGAGGCAGCCCGGCUGCCAAGACAACACAAAUGGGUGCCAGCAGCCAAGAAGCAUCUGCAGGAAUCACACCUGUCGGUGUGGCAACAGCAGCGGGCCCUGCCUGCCCUUUGAGCGGUUUUGCGACCGGCACCAGGAUUGCCCAGAUGGUUCAGACGAGGCCGGAUCCCUUUGUGCGUCCCUGGUGGGCCCGCCCGAGGAGGACGACUGCGAAAGCGAAGAGUUCCGAUGCCAUCCGGGGGCUGAGUGCUUCCCCCUGUCUUUCAAGUGCGACGGCCAUCCGGACUGUGAAGACAAAACCGACGAAGAGAAUUGCGGCACGGAUUUGCCAGAGACUCCAAGGACCCCACAAAUAACCCCAAAAGGCAGCCGUGCUCCCCCAGAAACUCCGGUCUUGGAGCCUUUGACGAUCACCGCCAUUGUCGCACUCCUGAUCACCAUCCUGGCCGCAGCAGCCAUCACCCUGUGGGUCUCGAGAAAAGCCAAGCCCCUCCUUGCCCGGCUUCCUCCCAAAGCAGCCUUUAAGCAGCUCAUCCUAGUCGAACAGCCUUGAGAUUGGCCGGCCGGCCAGGAAGUUGCUCCUCGUUCCCUCCCGCGAGGGACUCCGUCACCUGGCCCUCCCAGGAACCUCGGGCAAAAUCCUUGGAUCUGAAAAGCUGGCAGCCCUGCUGGGACUCCUUGCAGGAACUGAGACUUGGAAGCCACACGGCCUGCAGGUCGUCGCCAGAAGUCCACCUCCUAUGGGGGGCAAUUAAAAUAGGUUUAAUAUUUAAAAUAUAUCCGGGUCUCUCUCGCUGCCUGCUUGGGCCUGUCCUCCCACAGCAGCUCUGCCGCCUGCCCAUUCCGGCAGAAGCCCUUCAGCCCAGACUCUGAGGAGCAUCUCCAAGCAAGAUGGCCUUCGCGUCCCUCAGACCAGACCCUGACUGGGAUUCUUCCAGCACGAGGAAGCGGUGGGAUCCCAGCUUCCUUUCUGGGGGUGGUUACUUUCUCCUGUUGGUGCUUCCCCUGUCUGGUGCCUCCAGCUGCGUUGCGCAAGAGCUCUCCAGAAGUCGUGGCUGCUCCAUCACUGGAAGUUUUCAAGAAGUGACUGGACAGCCAUCUGUCUGAAAUGGUGUCGGGGUUCGUGCUUGAGCAGGGGGUUGGCCUAGAGGACCUCCAGGGUCCCUUCCGGCUCUGCUCAUUCUGUUAUUCUCAACUUCUGGAGAUUUGGGAAGGCUGACGGAUCCCCCCACAGGACAAAAAGUUGGUUUUGGCUGCUCCCGGGUUUUUCCUGUUGCGUUGCCAUCUGCAUCUGAACACCGCCUGGUUGUGGAGAGUGACGCUUCCUCAGACUGGGUGGUGGGUCAGAAUGUGAGCUAUUUUAGGGCAGGAAAUCCCCCCCCCCUACUUUUUUUUCCCGUGUCUUGUCCAGCCUGGGGGCUCUACUCGUGCAGCACUGGGGUCGACCCCCUGUCUUGAGCACAAACAUUAAAAAUCAUUUCCCAACCUUUA